CCAGUAAUAGACACAAAAAUUUAAAAUGGUCACUGAGUGCAAGGAGAUAGGAUGGAAACCAUGAUCAUUUAUGAGGAAAAGGUGCUGCAUAUUUGAACAGGGAUUAGGUACAGGGUUACUAGGAGGUGUGCACUAGGGUUAGAUUGGUACUGUGCCAGCAGUGAGCUGAAACCAUGUCGUGACAAUGGUAGAACAGGUUCCAAAUCACGCUUUUAUUAUUCCUCUUAUGAUGUGAGCUGACAUGUCAAAUAACAUUAAGAAGGAUAAAUAACAAUAUCAAUAAAUGGAUCAAACAUUGUCAUCAUCAACAGCUACCAACGCUCACGCGUUAAAAACAUAGCAAGCAGAAGAGCAUCAACAUUAUGAACUCCAUAUGGGGAAGUUCAAAUGUGUGACUUUGACAAAUUCACAUUCAGGAUGGAGGAUGAGGUGUAGGUUUAUGUAGAAAUAGUGGAAGCACUAGAGUAAUUUCUGAAAAACAAGUUAAAGAGCGAUAUUAAUAAACGAGAGAGCAAGGAGGAGACAGGAUUGGGAUAAAAGGAAGUUUAAUUCGAGAGAUGGCGGAAGGUGUACAUGAAAUAAAAGAUGAAAGCCGCAAGAAGACAAGAGCUGCAUAGUCGAUAAAACUGGGAAAACAAGAGAAAGUGAGAUGAAUUGAAAGGUUAAACUAUUAGGAAAACUGGAAAAUUAAAAGGCGGGUUCGAAGGAUAACCAAGUGUUUGAGGGACAGGAGAAGAUAAAGGCAUUGCUGAUCGAUGCAGUUUCCGAUCAGUCCCUCAAUUCUAAAUGUGACAGUGAGCCAAAGGGAGUGUAUCUGCCAAUCUUGCAUGAACAUCCCGAAGUCGUCAGAGGGAGAGAGGGAGGGAUAAAUGCUUCAAAAAAAAACGGCGGUGAGUCAGAGGGAAGGAGGAAAAACAGCUAUAUAAAGGGCAGCCGACCAGAUGUGUAGAAGGUAGCGACAAGAGGGAGAGAGUCACUCCAAUAUUGACAUCUUUCUCCCAACAGUCCGGUUAUCAGCGAGAGAAACACAGCCCAGAGCUACCAUUCCUGAGAAGCCCAGGCUCAACACUUGUGAGCUGAGAUGAAGUGCCUGGUGUGUGUUCUGAUCAUCAACCUGUUGCUGACCUCCUUUCCCGUUUCUGUCCUGUCCCAGUCUUUGAGAAGUGGGGAAUCGGGAAUCAAGCUGUGCGGCCGCGAGUUCAUCCGAGCGGUCAUUUAUACCUGUGGGGGUUCCCGCUGGAAGAGGCUUCUCGAUAACCAGGACGAUCCUUUCCAGAUCUCAGCUGAUAAAGAUUACUCCAAGGAGAUGGACAGCAUGAGAAAUCUUCAAAGAAUCUUUGGCAGUGACAGAAACCAGGAAACCGAGCCAUCUUAUGCUGAUCAAGUGUUUGACGAGUACAACAACCAGUAUGAUCAGGCACCAGGGGAUUUCAGUGAGUACAUUCGCCAGAUUGAUGGAGGCAGCAAUAAAGACCACGCUUUUGCAUCAACACUGGUGCAGCAUCUACCCUGGGCCAGAUCCAUCAGGAAGAAAAGGGAAGCAUCAACAGGAAUGUCAAGCAAAUGCUGCACUUACGGCUGCACCAAAAAAGAUAUCAGCAUACUCUGCUGAAAACUGUACAUCUCUAUUUAUAGAAUAUUCAUACACAUGAACUCUAUUUCAGUGAGAUUUCAAACCAUGUAAUCUAUUAAAAUCUCACAAAUGUGGUAUAAAGGAAUCGUAACAUACAUGUAAUUUCUAGUAUGGUCUAUGUGACAAGCUUGUGUUAGUGAUUCUGAAUCCCUUAAAACAAAUUAAACCAAU